AUGGCUGACAAGUUGGAUGCCACUGUGUCCCACAGUGACAACGCGGCCGACGCCCACAUCAAGGGCGUCAACAAUGCCGCGUUGGCGGUGGCCACCAUCCAGCAGAAGCCCAAGCUUCUGAGCAAGAGCAUGCUCAAGCUGUACUGGUGCAUUGCCGUCGCCAUGCUCAACUCCUGCAUCAACGGAUACGACGGCUCGCUGAUGGGCUCCAUCAACAGCUACGAGCAAUACCGAUCAUACUUCGGCUUCGACCCCGACGAGGGAACGCCGUCGACGGGAAUCGUGUACGCCAUCUACACGAUCGGAAACAUCGUGGGCUCCUUCACGGCCGGCCCCUUCACUGAUUUCAGAGGUACCCCCCCUUUCACUCGUGCAUGCCAUCCCUCAGCUAAGUCCCGUGCCAUAGGUCGUCGCGUCGGCAUGGCCCUCGGCUCCAUCUUCAUCAUCAUCGGCACCAUCGUCCAGGCCACCUGCCACAACCUGGGCGGCUUCAUGGCCGGCCGCUUCAUCCUGGGUUUCGGCGUCGCCACCUCCGCCACCGCCGGCCCGGCAUACGUCUCGGAGAUGGCCCAUCCCGCGUAUCGCGGCGCAAUGACCGGUCUAUACAACGUGUUGUGGUUCGGCGGCGGCAUCCCGGGGACCUUCAUCCCGUGGCGCACGAGCGACAUCGAGGGGACCAUGAGCUGGCGGAUUCCGAUCUGGCUGCAGAUGAUCUUUUCAGGACUCGUGCUCUUGUUCUGCUUUACUGUUCCAGAGUCCCCGCGUUGGCUCAUCUCGCAAGACAAGCACGAAGCCGCGCUGAAGGUGCUGGCCGAGUACCACGGCGAAGGCGACCGCAACGCGCCGAUCGUGCAGCUCGAGUACCGCGAGAUGUUGGAGGACAUUUCCAAGACGGGGUCCGACAAGCGCUGGUGGGACUACCGGGAGCUAUUCAACAGUCGCGAGACGCGGUAUCGAUCGAUGCUGGUGAUCUUCAUGGCCUUCUUCGGCCAAUGGUCCGGCAACGGCCCUGUAUCCUACUACUACCCGCAGAUGCUGCGCGGCGCAGGCAUCGAGAACAACAACACCCGACUGCUCCUGCAGGGGCUGCAGAACGUCGUGCAGUUCAUCGGCGCCGUGUUCGGCGCCCUCAUCACCGACCGCGUCGGUCGUCGCCCCCAGCUGCUCGUCUCCACCGGCCUCAUCGUCAUCCUCUUCGCCAUCGUGCUGGCCCUCAACGCGACCAACGUCGUCGACGGCCCCGAUGGCGAGCCCAUCGCCAAAAGUGGCGUCACAGCCCGCGCCCAAAUCGCCAUGAUCUUCAUCUUCGGUUUCGUGUACUCGGCUGGCUGGACGCCCAAUCAGGCUAUGUAUCCGGUGGAAUGUCUGCGGUAUGAGAGUCGUGCUAAGGGGAUGGGCAUGAACAAU